AUACGAUAUACGAUCGAUAUAAAACGUGACUGAUACCUACCCCUGUGGCCAAGCAAAUUCUCCCACAGCUUGGCACCGAAUCUGGAAGCCCGGCUGAUUACUAAUUAUCUUCAGCAAUGGAUUGGGUUCCCGCUGGUUUGCCAUCAACUGUAGUUCUUCGUUUCUCCGGCUCUGUUGUGUGUCGCAAAGCUACGCUGCGAGAAUCCUUUCGAUCUGUGCAACCAACGCCUCUUUGCAUGGUUCUUUGCCUGCACUAAUCAAGAUGACGUCCACAAAGAGCAGUGUAAAGCAGAGGGUGGCUAUAGUUGGCUCGGGUAUGGCUGGUCUGGUCACAGCGCAUCUUCUUCACAAUGAUAAACAUCAGCGGUACUCUGUGACUGUCUUUGAAAGCGGUGAAUCCUUCUCACUCGAUUCUGCGUCCGUAUCUAUAGAAGAUGAAUCUCAAAAACUUGUCGAUCGCAUUGACGUCCCUAUGCGGGCCUUCGCAGAAGGCUAUUACAAAAACCUGAUCAGCAUGUACAAAUACCUAGGGGUACGAUACCAUUCACAACUAUUCGUUUAUAGCUUCAAGAAAAACGCUGUCAGUGAGACUUGGAACAAGAGGAGCAAGGAAGGUUACUUUGUCUAUUCUUCGAACAACCACGGGUUUCCGCCAAUCUGGCCCGAGGGUAUUAAUCUGUUCUCAUGGCUCAUAGAAAUCGUGUACGUGGCAGGCUGCUACCUUUGGUGGUCGCUUUGCUGUUUCUGGAUCCCACCGACGCUCGCAACAAACUCUCGUCUCUGCGAAUCUUUAGAAGAAUACAUGCGGCGCAUUAUGCUUCCGCGCCACUUCGUGAACUUUUACCUACUCCCUCUCCUCUCGAGUGUUGCGACUUGUACGCACGAAGCUCUUCUUCAGUUUCCUGCCAGGGAUUUGACCGAAUAUAAAAGACAAUCAGCAGGCGGGCACCAUUACACGGUUUCUAGUGUGCACGAAGUGCAAAAAUCGCUAGGAUCUGGACUGCAAACCAAAUUUUCUACGCUGGUCACCAAGGUUGAGGUGCUCCAGGACGGAAGACUUGAGGUCGUGUGGAAUACAUCGGAUAAUGCAACUCAUAAGGAUAUAUUCGACCAGGUAGUUUUAGGGGUGGCCCCUGAUAUUGCGGGAAGGAUCUUCCAGCCGCUGGGAAAAUCCAUGGCACAGAUCCCAACAACAAUGGUCCACAGCAUUGUACAAGGUAAUGGUAUGAAGGUGGCCUUGAAUGACCCGAAGGCAAGUGAGUUCGUACCGAAGGGUACAAAAUCUGCGCAAACGAUACAUCUCCGCACGUCAGCUAGUCUGGCGCAAACAGAGUCCAUACACGUCCAUGGAUCUGGAGCCAUGGUGACGACGUGUCCAUUCAGCGAUGUUUCAUCAGCAUCAAAUGUGCUGAGAUCCGUAAAGUUUCUUCGGGCCCUCCGGACUCCACGCAGCAGGCAUGUGGUUAACAACAUAUUCGGCGAGAACACUGCUGGUCCGCUCGUUGACGAGAAACAAUCCUCCUGGAGGAGUGGCGAUGACAAAAUCUAUCUGGUCGGAGGCUGGUGUUGGGAUGGCAUGGUACUUCUGGAAGGCUGUGUGAUCUCUGCUAUGAGGGUGGCCUCGGCGCUUGAUGUAGAUAUACCAUGGAACGGAUUAUAGUAUUGAG